AUGAUUCAAUUUGUGGUUAUCGUUGCGACUAUCUUUGUCCCCGCUGCAUACAGUUCGUGGUGUUACCAUGAUCCUAGUUGUAAUGACACCACUUGGUCCACCAUUGCCAGUGAACAUUGCAACGGAUCCCGUCAGUCUCCCAUCAACAUCGUCUCCAGAUCGGCAGUGGGCAACUCAACCCUGACUGCUUUCAACUUCACCAAAUAUGGAGACAACACCACAAUGAAGAAGAUCACGAACACUGGUGAAACCGUCAAGGUGGAGCUGAUGAGUGGUGUCCAGAUUACAGGCGGGGCCCUGUCUGAGGCCUAUGACAGCCUGCAGUUUCACCUGCACUGGGGCAACGGUACCUCAGUCCCUGGGUCGGAGCACACAGUGGAUGGAACCCGCUACCCCAUGGAGUUGCACAUAGUAAAUGCCAAGUCUUCACUCAAUGGUAACACGACUGCGGCCGUUGCAGAUGGCACAGGACUCGCUGCUCUUGGCUUCUUCGUAGAGGCAAUGCCGGGUAAUGUGACUGGUUCAUCAGCAGCCUGGAAUACUCUGACAUCCUACUUGGCCAACAUCACACUAAAAGAUGAGUAUGUAAACAUUACUCAUGCUAUUUCAUUGGAUGAGCUCCUGGAAGGGGUGGACCGUACCAAAUACUACCGUUACCUUGGCUCCCUGACCAUUCCAAAUUGCAAUGAGGCUGUGGUUUGGACAGAGUUCAAGGACCCUAUCAAAGUCAGCAAGGACUUGGUGAGUUUGUGCAACAAUUUUACCAUAAACUGA